UAGUCCUCUGCAGCGUAGUAACUGUAAUAUGGUCCAGGGGUGUUUUUUGUAUACCCUCACAGAAAUACCGCUGUUAUAAUAAUAAGAACUGUUAAUGAUAUGGCGGAAUAUGUGGUGGGAUUUAGUUAGAAUGAAAACAAGCACGGCUGAGGCUGGAGAGGCUGCUCUUUGGGGACCGUCAUGCCCCCGGUCAUCAUCAGCCCAGGUCAUCAUCAGCCCUCGGUCGGUGAUGUAAUGCGAAGCGGCUGCGCGCAGCGCUGCGGCGCCUCAGCUUCACCCCCCGCAUCCGAGCAGACGGGAUCACGCCGAUAAUCUGGGCCACCCAUUAGUGUGUCGAAUAAAAAUCGCAAUAUAAGCGGGGAAGCUCGUAUUUCAUCCGACAGCCGCUCUGCUCUGAUUUUGCAUUUUGAGCCGCGUCCUACGAUCGUAGAGGCGGACGAAAGCUACACCUGCCCCCCACCCGCUGGCCCAGGAUGCGGCUGCUCUGAGCCGGCCUUUUCAGUUGCUCUGCCCGCCUGGAGGUGACAUUGCGCCCGUGCAUCUCGGCAGCUGCUGGAGCCCGUGAGCAUGGCGGAGAACACAGCGGAUCUGCCGGGGAAGGCGCGGGGAGGCCUGUGUGGGCAGGGGAUCUGAAGCUCACGUUAGUGAUGGAUAGCAGCCCAUAGACAAGAUGUGAUGACCCCGCCUUCUGUUUCUGAGAGGAGACCGUCAGCCAACGGGAACCCCUCCCCUGUCCGUCUGCUGGCCAAUCCGGGAAGUCCUGGAGGGAAAUGGGAAGAAAGGAGAGUUCAGGUCAAUGGCCAUGCCUCCCCUAUUCGUCUGGCAGCUAAUCCCAGCAGCCCGGCAGGUAAACAAUACGCAGAUGGGUACCUGAGGACGGAUGACAGGAUGCGCCUUGCCAAAGAGCGGCGGGAGGAGAGGGAGCGGAGCCUAGCGGCACGGGAGCAGGCCAUCCGCGAGAAGGAGCGUAGGGCCCAGUUGCAGUAUGAGCGGACGGUGGAGGAGCGCUGGAGGCGCCUGGAGGAGCAGAGGCAGAAGGAGGAGCUGCGCCGCGCCGCCGUCGAAGAGAAGAGGAGGCAGCGGCUGGAGGAAGAAAAGGAGAGGCUGGAGGCUCUGAUGAGGAGGUCGCUGGAGCGCAGUUUGCAGCUGGAGCAGAGGCCCAAGCGCUGGGUCUGGGGCAGGGAGGGUGACUGUGAGAAUUCCCCGCCCCCUCUCUCCGCUGCCUCCGCCCACCCCUCCGAGCUCGCCGCCCCCUCACCUGCUGUCAGCGAAUUCAGCCACGCAGCUGACUAUGUGUCAGCAUCCACCACGACCCUGUCCCCAUCCUUGGGCCCAAUCAUCUGCAAGCGCCUUUCAUCCUCUACUUUGGCUGUUAGCCACACUGAAAAUAGAGUGCCACCCAGCCCCCACCGGUCCCCCUACCGUGGGUCCCCAAGCCGAGCGGACCGGCGCAAGGCCACAUCGGCUUCUGCGGAAGAUGGAGGAGGGGGGGUGGCAGCAGUGCCUGGCACCCCCAAGAAGCUGCACAGAGAACAGCGAACGGCCUCCCCACUCACUGGCUCCCCCCGGAGGCGACCCGAAUCCCCUGCUACACCCAGCAGACGGCCUGCCUCUCCAGCAGCAAGCAAGUCGUUGUUAAAGGGCUGCCCCCUGUCACCACGGAAACACAACAGCCCCAAGGAGCAGGACCGCACCCAGGACCCCCAAGCAGAAGGCUUCAGAAAUCAGAACAUUGAAUCUCCCAACAGGAAACCAGUAAACACUGACUCUCCCACCAGGAAACCAGUACACACUGACUCUCCCAGCCAUAAGCUUAUAAACACUGAUUCUCCCAGCAGGAAACCAGUACACACUGACUCUCCCAGCCAUAAGCUUGUAAACACUGACUCUCCCAGCAAGAAACCAGUAAAUAUUGAGUAUCCCAAUAAUAAACCAAUGAAUACUGACUCACAUAACAUGAAACCAGUAAACAUUGACUCUCCCAGCAAGAAGCCAGUGAAUACUGAGUCCCCUACUAACAAACCGUUAAUGACUCACAUUCCUCGUAAGGGAACAUCAUGGUGUGACACAGCAGAAAUGAAUUCAUUUAAGCCGGAGCCUCCAGAGAGGAAGCCAUCUAACCCUGAAAGCCCAGCAAAGAAGCCGGGCUGUGAGGUGCCCUUGGAGCGGGGAGCUGAACGGCUUCCAACCUCACCAACAGCAAAGUCUGCUGCAAGGAACACAGAUGCCGAAGAAGCCUCCAGAUUGCUGGGAGAACGGAGGCGUCAAGCACGUCUGCAGAAGGAACAGGAGGAGAGGUUGAAGAUGGAGGAAGCAUUGAAGAAACAGGAGGAGGCACAGAAAGAGGAGGUGGAGAAGCAGAAGAGGGAGCAGGAGUGUAGAGGCAGGGAGGACAGACAGCAACAGCAGAGGGCGCUCCAGGACAGGGAACUACACACUCACAUUCAUGGAGAGUGGGAGGAGGCCCAGAAGGAGGCGGAGCACCAGCGGCAGGAGCGGGAGACGGUGAAACUGCAGGAGGAGCAGGAGCGAUUGCAGAGGAAGAAGAGGGUUGAGGAGAUCAUGAAGAGGACCAGGAAGCCCGACGCUGAGAUGAAGAAAGAAGAAUUACCAACGCCUGUCUCAGCUGCACUGCCAGGACCUGCAGAGAGACGACAUGCAACUAUGCCGGCGGAAUCACCGGUGAACAAAAAAGUGGAUGGACAGAAGAAGGGGCAGUCACCUGGACAAGUGAAGGUGGAGAUGAGGCAGCAGUUGAAGGAGGAGGGGCCUGGGCAGGAGAAGAUGGAGGUGAAUGGACUGCUGAAGGAGCUGGGGCCUGGACAGAUGAAGAUGGAGGUGAAGGAGAGACUGAAGGAGCAAGGACCUGGACAGAUGAAGGUGGAGGUGAAGGAGCAGCUGAAGCAGCAGGGGCCUGGGCAGAUUAAGGUGGAGAUGAAGGAGCAGGGGGCUAGACAGAUGAAGGUGGAGGUAAAGGAGAAGUUGAAGGAGCAGGGACCUGGACAGAUGAAGGUGGAGGUGAAGGAGCAAGGGCCUGGACAGAUGAAGAUGCAGGUGAACGGGCAGCUGAAGGGGCAGGGGCCUGGACAGAUGAAGAUGGAGAUGAAUGGGCAGCUGAAGGGGCAGGGGCCUGGACAGAUGAAGAUGGAGGUGAAGGAGAAGUUGAAGGAGCAGGGGCCUGGACAGAUGAAGGUGGAGGUGAAGGAGCAAGGGCCUGGACAGAUGAAGGUGGAGGUGAAGGAGAAGUUGAAGGGGCAGGGGCCUGGACAGAUGAAGAUGGAGGUGAACGGGCAGCUGAAGGGGCAGGGGCCUGGACAGAUGAAAGUGGAGGUGAACGGGCAGCUGAAGGGGCAGGGGCCUGGACAGAUGAAAGUGGAGGUGAAGGAGAAGUUGAAAGAACAGGAACCUGGAUGGAUGAAGGUGGCGGUGAAGGAGCAGGGACCUGGACAGAUGAAGGUGGAGGUGAAUGGGCAGGGGCCUGGACAGAUGAAAGUGGAGGUGAAGGAGAAGUUGAAAGAACAGGAACCUGGACGGAUGAAGGUGGAGGUGAAGGAGCAGGUUAAAAAAGACCCACUGAAGCCCAGAACAGUGGUCAGUAUGGAGAUCAAACCCAAUGGCUCUCAUGUCAACACGCCACUCAUCAACCUGGAUCCACUGGAGAUAAAGGAUGGGUCUCCAGCAUCCGUAGAUGAGGUGCAGCCUAUGGAAGUCAGCCCAGUCUCCAAGGAGGAGCUGAUCUCCAUCCCACGAUUUUCACCUGUCAGUGAUGCUCAUCACAGCAGCAUAAGCAACACCCGAGCCCUGGAGGACCUGCUGGACCUGACAGGACAGGUGGCCUACCCCAAGCAUUCACCCAGCACCAGCCUGGGAGACUGCAACAAGAACCUGAUCGAAGGCUUCAGUCCCUGCUCUGACAAGCAGCUGAUCCAGAGCCUGAGCUCGCCUGCUGAUAAGCUGAAUGCGCAGUAAGCAGGUGGUGAGAGCCCCACGCGCAUGCGACCGGAGCGCACGUCAGACCCGCGCAGCAGUGCGCUCACCUGUCCUCUUCGUUCGCAGUGGUCCUGCCUUCCUCGCUGCUGCAGUUCCUGGAUCUGCCACCAGGCUGCGUGUGAAACCUCGGAAAGGAGAAACAGACGGAUGCUUCCCUGGCCUAUGACGGUCCGGUCCCCCCCUCAGCAAGCUGUACAUGUAGUGGUCAUGCAGAUACAAGCCUGGGUCCUGCCCCUUCUCCCUUGUUCCUGUGAAAUACUAGAACUCAGGAGCGACAGCCAUUUUUGCAGGGUUGUUUUCCGGUUUGAACGGCUGUUUUCCGUGUGGGUGGUGCCUGUUGGGGGUGCGAUCGCCGCAGACCUGGGCACAUGCUGCUUAGUGUUAGCCAAACAGCAGCACGCUGACACCCCCCGUCAGGUACACUUAGCUUCUGUUCCGCCAUUCAGUAACAUGCUACUUUAAAUAUGCUGAAAAUACUAAUUUUUCCUGAAGAAAAUGCCCUAACAGAAAAUGACUUGAGAAAAUGAAUUGAGAAGAACAUAUCAGAAGUUCGCUUCUGCCAAAUUCCUUUGGGGAUGCAAGCUCUUUUUCUGGCUUGACUGUAAUUGACUGUAUUGUAGUGUAAGGUCUGCGGCUUCCCAUAAAAAUAUUCUACCCAUUCAGAACCUACCAGUCAUGGGUGCCAUACAAGAGGUACCUGAUCACCAGGUCUAUUAACUUCAUAAAACUACCACGGUCAGCUACACUAACUGUGCUUCCAGUAGCUGAUAUUACUAGCACCCCCUUCUGGUGCAGCAUGUACACCACAUGUACUGUAUAUACUCAAUCCCAUGCCUUCCUGUUCCUUACGCGGGAAAGGUCGUCCCUAUCAGCAGUAUGAAGUCUGUGGUAUUGACCUGAUGUGUCCGACAGCAGUUACAGGCCUGAGAGCCCUAUUGCGAAACUGAAUGAAUUAUAUUCUAGUUAGAUACAUAUCAGGAUCCCAUGUAAAAGUCAGGCUCCCCAUUCAUUUGUAGUAAUUUAGCCUAGAGUCCGAGGUUGUUCUUUUACUCUUCAUGGCACUUUCUGGCUGAUCUUUUCUGGCUUGUUCUCAAUGGCAGUUUCAUCUGAAAUCCAGUAUCUUGAGCCACAAGGCUGGUGUGUUUGGCCAGGUUAUCUUUUACAGUCACUGCUAGGGUAGAUGCCGGUAACCACUGGCACCUGAUAUCUAGGAUAAGAGUGACUUGUUAAAAAGGCAAGUUAUUGUCUGCUCUGAUGAUUCUGUUCAAAUGGGUCCUCAGCAUGAGCUGUGCAGAAUGACAAUAAAGCUUAAAAUCCCAAAA